CCACCGCAGUGUGGCUCUCGCUGCGAGUAACUCUGUUGCUGUUGUGGCAGUGCACAGUGAAUUUCAGCACAGCUCUCGCUGCUGGAUGGGUCUUUGCAGGGGAUAAGUCCCUCUUCCCGUGCUGUAGGGCAGAGCUGCGUGUGUGUUUGCAAAGGGCCAAUCUGGGCAGAGGUUGCCUGAAGGAAACCUCUUCCUGGCCCGUCGGGGAGCUUUGACAGGGCUAACCAACCAGAGAGGUCGUCUUAAUUGCUGCUGGGCUGAGAGGUUGUCCUUACAGGAGGAUUUCGGUACCUUUCGAUACGAAAGAAAACAGCACUUACAAGCAAAAACUCCUGGCGCAAGAUAGCAACUCAACAACUCCUUCCCAACACGCUAGAUCUCGCAGCCAGAGAGAGAGAAAAAAAUCAAAACGGUGCAGGCGAAGUCACUAGCAGUUACUAGCAGGAAAACAAAUAUCCUAAAAGACGGCUAUGGAUUCCAACAACACAGGUGGUGUGAUCACCUAUAUUGGGCCAAACAGUACCUCUUCUAGUCCGGUCCUGCUGUACAGUGACAACUCCAACAGUAGUUUCCAGUCGGUGUCCCAGUCGUGUUCCCCAUUGCCACCUUCUCCCAAUGGCUCUAGCUCCAGCUCCAGCUCCAGCUCCAGCUCCCAGGAUGGCAAACACUACCGAAGCAGCUCCUCGGGAUCUGGUGACGAUUGUUCAAGCACUGGAUCCUUCAACAACCUGAAACUUUCCACCGAUGAUGGAAAUACCAUUUCCACCACUAAAAUCAACUCUGGGAUCACCAAAAUCAGUGGAAUGAUUCUGCUGUGUAAAGUGUGCGGGGAUGUAGCCUCUGGUUUUCACUAUGGAGUACAUGCCUGUGAAGGUUGCAAGGGCUUCUUCCGGAGAAGCAUUCAACAGAACAUCCAGUAUAAGAAGUGUCUCAAGAAUGAGAACUGCACCAUCAUGCGAAUCAACAGGAAUCGCUGCCAGCAAUGCCGCUUUAAGAAGUGCCUUGCUGUUGGCAUGUCCAGGGAUGCCGUGCGUUUUGGGCGCAUUCCGAAGCGGGAGAAGCAGCGAAUGUUGGCAGAGAUGCAGAGUGUCAUGAAUAACAUGGUGAACAACCAGCUCAGUGGGGAACUGCAGAAUGAACUCCAGCCCCAGCAGCAAAGCUGGCAACUCCAGCCUCCACUGGCUGUCCCUGUGCAACCAGUGCAGCAGGAGCGCACGUCGCCCUGUCUCCAUUCCCAACAGCAGUGCAACCCGCAGCAGUUGUACUGUCCCAGCACUGAAGCCUCCAUGGAAGAAGUCAUCUAUUCCAUUUCCCGGGCUCAUAAAGAGACCUUCACCUAUGCCCAUGACAAGUUAAAGCAACCAACACCAACCUGCCAGCACAAUGCAGAGCUGAUGAACCAUAAUGCUAACUGCUGCUUAAAUGGGUACCAUGUCAAUGGCGUGAACACCAUCUAUCAUCAAGAGAACAACAUUUUCCACAAAAGUAGUGGGCUGAAGAAUAUGUGUUACCCUUCUUCCUUCCCCAGCGGCCACAUUAAUGGACAUUACCAGAAUCAGCCCAAUGGACACAAAUUGCAUAAUAGAAAUUUGAUUAGUGCCGGUGGCGAGAUGGAGACUGGGAAUGGCAGGACCUGCCCAUGGAAAGGACAGAAUAGUGUCAUCCUGGCUUGCCCAAUAAACACACAGCCACACGUAGAUGGCAACAGAUCAGUGCAACAGAUCUGGGAGGAUUUUUCCUUGAGCUUCACACCAGCUGUCAGAGAAGUAGUGGAGUUUGCAAAACUUAUUCCUGGAUUCAAGGACCUAUCCCAACAUGACCAGGUCACUUUGCUGAAAGCUGGCACCUUUGAGGUGCUGAUGGUGCGGUUUGCAUCGCUGUUCAACAUGAAGGAGCAGACGGUGACUUUCGUCAGCGGAACCACGUACUCCAUCGAGGAGCUGCGGGUAAUGGGAAUGGGAGACCUGCUGAACUCCAUGUUCGACUUCAGCGAGAAGCUGAGCUCCCUGCACCUCAGUGAGGAGGAGCUGGGCCUGUUCACGGCCGUCGUGCUGGUCUCUGCAGAUCGUUCCGGAAUCGAAAACAUUAACUCGGUGGAGCAGCUUCAGGAGACGUUGAUCCGAGUGCUAAGAGCAUUGAUCAUGAAGAAUCACCCCAGCGAGGCCUCGCGCUUCACCAAGUUGCUCCUGAAACUGCCGGACCUCCGCACGUUGAACAACAUGCACUCGGAGAAGCUGCUGGCCUUCCGGAUAGACCCCUGAGCUCCUGUCAAUCACCUCCCUGCCUCUGCUACAUUUUUAAAGCAAUUUUUAUUUAUAUUUCAAUGAACAUUCAGAUGACAUAUUGCAAAGCAUCCUGUAAAUAUGUGUAUAUUUCAGCUGUCCAGGGAGUGUAAUAUAUUCUUAUAAGGAAUGUUCUACAAAUCAAUAUAUUUAAAAUCAUCCUUUGGGACCUCUGGUAUGUCUGCAUACAUGAGCUUGAUGGUAGAAAUAGGUGUGAGGUUAUCUGCUUGGUUUGAGUAAUAAGUAAAUGGAGAUCUGUGUGCCCUGCGGAGUGAGCAGGCUGGGGUUCCCUCUCCGAUCUGAUUUCCCCUCCUGUGUCUGACUUAAAUUGCUGGUUUAAGUCGAGAUAGGUGUCUGAACCUGCAGCAAGGCCCAGCUCUGCAAAACCCUUGAGGAGACCUCGCCCUCGUCAGAUGAAACAGGGCAAACUUCAGAUCUCGAGCCCGACCAAGAUGGUUGGCAAAAGGCUGAGCAACUCCGAUCUCCUGGCGCAUGUGUGGCUGCAGAGCGACAGAAGCCCAUCUUGCCCGUACAUUGUUUCGUUCGACACAAUUCACAUUUCAUUGACUGUCCUGCGACUGUGUCCAUAGACAGCUGACAAUUCAAGGCAUUUUGUAGAAAACAGUGAACUGAUCAAAGCCCCAGUCUCUGUGUGUGUCUCUGGAAGCUCGCUUUCAAACCCCAGGAAUUUUCUUUCAUGAGCGAAUUGCUGCGUCUUUGUGGUUUAGUCGUACUUUAAUAUUCCUGUUGAAGAUUCUCUAAGCCUGAUGCCACUCCCUCUUCCCCUAAAAGCUAAAAAGAGCAGAAGGUCCCAUUCUUGGUCCAAAAGUUCAAAUAGUAUUACCAUUGAUCUCAGUAUCUCUGGGCCAGUAGAGUUGGUGAGGGGGGUGGGGGAGAGCAACGAUGGGGGUGAUACAGGUGGGUGAACAGCUAAAGCUUCAUGACAGCUGGAAAGUGCAUGUAGGUGUUGGGCUUACUGUGGGGAAAGCCUACUGACCCUCUUUGUUUGGGGUCCUGCACAGAGGAAACUUACUGGGUGAGAACUGAGAACCUACGGGAGAGGAGGUGGACAAAGGCUGAUUGUGUCAAACGUAACCCUGGGUGGCUGCUGCAUGAGUGCAGGACCUGCUCUGGAUAAUUACAGUUACCACAUCUGUCUCAAUGUCCUUCAAUUAUUGAUGUGUUUGUGAAUCCAGAUCAAUUCAUUAACAAUUUAUAAAAAAUAAAAUAACGAAUGCACUGAAGUAAACAACAAA